AAUUUAAAAUAUUUAAAUUUGUGCCCAGAUUAUACGCGAUUGUCUUUAUUAAUCAAAGGCUGGUUUGAGUGUGGUCUCUACUUUGUUGCUAAAGCCGAAAAUGUCUCACGAAGUUGAGAGAAACUGAUCUGGGUUGAUUAGCUUUGUCUCUUUGGGCUGAACUAGCAGGGAAGAAGCAUUUUGGGUAAACAUGUUCACAUGUAACUAAACCCCGUCUGUUUCCGUUACUUUAUAUCUUCGUGAAUUAACCACCUCCGUGUCCGUUCCAGGAACCUGAAAUGAUGUCUUAAGACUACUUUACAUGUCUGACCAACAGUCUGAAAUCCCAAACGUUUUAAUUUACAACAAAGUCUGGAGUCAUGCUGCCGCUGAAGGAGAAGGACAAACCCAUCGUCCAGAAGCUGCUGUCGGCCGGCUGCUGCGCUCGCUGCGUCCUCAGGUUCUGCUGUGUGAGUGUUCAGGCUGCCUACCGACAACCGCAACAGGAUACGCUCAAGGAACUUCAAGCUUUCAUCAGCAGUACAGAGAACAGCAAAGCAGAGUCCACGGAAGAAAACACCAAAUCCCAUGGUGCAGCGGGGUCAGAACCACCCGAUGACCCACCAAGCAAAAGAGCUAAACUGGCGCCCGGUGUGGCUGACGCCCCGUCAGAGGAAGACGCUGCUGCUGUGGUCAAACUGAAGGAUGGAGAGUCGUGUGUGUGCGUGGUGUGUUUGGGGAUCCUACAGGAACUCUGCGGCACGACCCAGGCCGUAAAGAUAGCGGAGGCGGUGAAGGCAGAAAAGUACGAGUUCGACACCCUGGUGCUGUCUGUCUCUCUGCCUGCUCAGCUGUGUGUCCGCGAGCACUCCUGCUGGCUUCACGUGAAGAAGGAAAUGAGAGAGAAGAGCGUUGCGCUCGACAAGGACGAUGUCGUCCAGGUGAAGGAGGCCUUCAAGUGGAUCAUGCAGGGCCAGGUCGCCAAGGCGCUGGGCGGCGUUGCCGUGGUUACCAGGAGUUUGUUCGAGGUCGGUGUGGAGUUCACUCACCCAGAGACUGACGCUGACUGCCACUUCCUUGCAUCGUCAUGUCCUGACUGCUUCAAACCCACCAAGAACAAACAGUCGGUGUUCACCAGGAUGGCGGUGGUCAAAGCUCUGGAAAAGAUAUCUGACGGCAAAUUUCUGAAACACUACCCGUGUCCACCGGCGCAGCCGACCAGCAGUUGCAGCCCUCGGGACGUCCAGUGUCUCCACGUGUCUGUCUUUGUGGCAGGGAGGUACAACAAGUUCUGCCGCAGUCUGCCUCAGACUCCCUGGGUGAUCGAUGGGGAGAGGAGGAUGGAGUCCUCGGUGGAGGAGCUGAUCGCAGCGCCCGUCCUGUCUUCCUUCAGAGCCGGCGGAUUUAAUUUCUCCUCGUCUGGCAGGGAGGAUGUGGAUGUCCGGACUCUUGGAAACGGUGAGACACACUUUAUUUAUUUAUCUAUUUUCCUAAAGCUGCACUUGCAGAGGAUUUCGUCACCUGAAGUAUUUUUAUUUUCUGUUUUGGUUCAAUUGGCAGGUCGUCCGUUUGCGAUGGAGCUGCUGAAUCCUCACAGAUCCAGACUGAGCAAAGUGGAGAUGAAGCAGCUGCAGGAGACCAUUAACAACUCUUCAGACAAAAUCAGGGUGAGAGACCUGCAGAUUGUUACCAGAGAGGCCAUGAGUCGGAUGAAGGAGGGAGAGGAGGAGAAAACCAAGUCGUACACGGCGCUCGUCUGGACACAGAAACCCAUUCAGAGCGAAGACAUCACCUUCAUCGACGACAUCAAGGAUCUGACUCUGGACCAGAAGACUCCUCUGAGGGUCUUGCACCGGCGGGCGCUGGCCAUUCGUCAGCGAGUCAUCCACAGCAUGAGCACCCGCUUCCUGGACUCGCAUCACUUCUACCUGGGGCUGAAGACACAGGCCGGGACUUACAUCAAAGAGUUUGUCCACGGAGACUUCGGGCGCACCAAACCCAACCUGUGUCAGCUGCUGAAGACGGAUACAGACAUCCUGGAGCUGGACGUGGAGUCUGUGGAUGUCGACUGGCCUCCGUCCAUACCGGAGUGAACUCUGCCGCCGGCCUCGUCCUGUAUCUGAGAGGCCGCGGGUUCGAUCUCGGUGAGACCGAACUGGUUCUGUCAGCAGCCGGGGAUCCUGUGCGGGAGCAUUACACCAAACCAUCGACCAGGAUCAGAGCGAGACUGAAAACGGAACGGUGAAGAGGAAACCACGAACUCCGGUCAGACAGUCCCGCUGGCUGCUCCGCGAAGCCCGGGCGUGUUUAUGUUUUGGUUUCUGGAUCGUGACCCCCCGUCUUCCGUUGUAUCACAGAAAACGGUUAAUAACGCUUUCUAGUGGCCUUGUUCUGUUGUGAUUAGUUUCAGUCACACCCUAGAUUUUUGUUUUUGUUUUGUUGGUAUGGAUGGAAAAAAUGGAAAGACAACUUUUUGUAUUCUUAGAUCUUUACCACCGGUGGUCAAAACCGUCUAGUUUGUCCUGAGGGUGGCACCAGAGGAAAGGUCUUGUUGGGUGAAUCAAAAGGGUUUAUCCUCCGUACGGUGGCCAUUUUAGGACACUUCAGCUUGUCAGGCUCAGUCUAAGCUUCAGCCGUACUUUGAGUUUCAUGUAGCUUCAUUUGCAGCACUGUUCGUUUCUAUUCGCAAACCUUAGGGGGGGGGAAAUCCCAAACAACAUUUUUUAACUGUUAUCCAGCAGCAGGUUGCAUCUUCAAAGGUGUUUUCGUCAUCUCACUGACGUCAGCUGUCUGCUUUAAAUGAUUAAAAUGUUGGCGAAACCAACAUUUUUAUCCGAUAUUUCACAACAUAUUUCUACAACCUACUUCAAGAUAAAAAUGUUUAAAAAAAAAAAAAAGUUUUGAUUUUUUCCCCCAAGGUGUGCACAGGGAUCAAGAUGACAGCUAGCAUGUUUGCAUGCUAACAUUCUGUGUUAAGCAUGAGCCGUGCUAACGUUAGCAUGCUAAAGUCGCAUUACUGUUGCAUGGUGGAAAUUCGACCUUUCAGUUCAAUGUGCUGUUAUCUGUAUUUCCAUGCAACUGACGGAGCAGACUGUCAUCUAACGGAAGCGUCUGCAAAUUAUUUUUCAUAGCAAAAUGAACUGAAACUAAUUAACCUGGACAACGAUAUCACAUUAAAAAAAUCUGAAUCUG